AAUUUUUAAUGAAAAGGGAUCUACAGUUGGCGUUCUGUGCGUUUUCAAACUCUGAGAUUGAUGAGGUCCAUGAGGAGCCUGAGCAAUUGUUCACAUUUGCCACUGAUGAUAAAAGUAAUAUCAACUUCCUGCACAGAAGGAAUACAGAACAGGGAACCUUAUACAUCUUACAGGAAGUUUCAGUGGACGAAUAUUGCUCCUUUAUCCUAUCCAAAACUAUUCCUGAAGAGUUUGUGAACGUUCACAUUGUUUGCGGAAAGCAAAGCUUUUAUGAGGACUGUGAUCAUAGAAUGGCUAACAUAACCCUUCCGGUUUUGCUAUAAUGCCUGAUGGCCCUGGAGGCCUAGAAUGCGAUGCUUCUCUCGUGACCUUCCUCGUGCAGAUAUAUUAUGAUCCUUUAGAAGGUGCUGUUCAUAUCGAGACCGUUAGAAAAGAUUUUAUCAGUUAUUUGAAUUAUAUCAUCCAAGAGGUGAAUGAAAGGGGUAAGUUGAAUUGAUGAGAUUGUCACAGAAAUACUUACCAGGGGCCUGUUCUCACUGCUUUUUCUAACUUUGUUUUUGCAGUUG